AGAUAAGGGCAGGCUCAGGGCCCUUCUAUUUCACCACUUCCUAGCCUGUGCUCUUGGUCCCUCUGCAAGGAGGUGUUGCCCCUCUAUCAGUAAAGGGCACCAAGUGGCUACCUCAAAAUGAGAAAGUUCUUGGGUGCUGGCACCUUUCUCCUCCUGCUGUGAACCCUUUGUUGCAAGGUCUAUGAAAACAGAGAGGGCCAACCAUGUAAGAGAUGUUCCUGGGGCUGCACACAAGACCUACAGGAGGAGGAGGAGAAUCUACAAGAAGAAAUGGAAGAAGCUGCCAAAAAACCCAACAUACGAGAAUAUGGUAUCAAGUUUUCGGGUAUCUGAACUACAAGUGCUAUUGGGCUUUGCAGGACGUAAUAAGAGUGGACGGAAACAUGACCUCCUGAUGAGGGCACUGCACUUGCUGAAGAGUGGCUGCAGCCCAGCAGUUCAGCUUAAAAUCCGAGAACUCUACAGGCGUCGGUACCCGAGGACAAUUGAAAGUCUGACUGACUUGUCAGCUCUAAAACCUUCAGUUUUCAACUUGGACAGUAGUUCUUCACCAGUAGAUCCCGACUUGGCUGUUGCUGGAAUCCAUCCGCUACCUUCGACUUCGGUCACCCCUCAGUCCCCUUCAUCACCUGUUGGUUCUGUCCUCCUUCAAGACACUAAACCUCACUUUGAGAUGCAGCAGCCGUCACCUCCAGCUCCACCUGUCCAUCCUGAUGUUCAGCUAAAAACCCUCCCUUUUUAUGAUGUGCUCGAUGUCCUCAUCAAACCUACAAGUUUGGUACAGAGCAGUAUUCAGAGGUUCCAAGAAAAGUUUUUUAUUUUUGCUCUAACACCUCAGCAGGUCAGAGAAAUCUGCAUUUCCAGAGACUUUCUGCCUGGGGGCCGGAGGGAUUACACAGUCCAAGUUCAGCUGAGGUUGUGUCUAGCAGAGACUAGCUGCCCUCAAGAAGAUAACUAUCCCAAUAGUUUGUGCAUUAAAGUAAAUGGAAAGUUGUUUCCGUUGCCGGGAUAUGCUCCACCACCCAAGAAUGGGAUUGAACAGAAGCGACCUGGGCGACCCUUGAAUAUUACAUCUCUAGUUCGCUUAUCGUCAGCAGUGCCAAAUCAGAUUUCCAUUUCUUGGGCAUCUGAAAUUGGAAAGGUGAGUUCUGAGCUCGUAGUAGCAUGUGGUGAGUGCUUUGAGUUAUCUUUGGUGAGUAGUAUUCCUUUUUUCAUCUUCAUUGUCGCUAUCAAGACAUGUGCUAACCAAGAUACUUCUCAUGCUCCUUCAUUCUGUCUUCCCAUCUGUGCCAUCUAGAAGCUUUAAACAGUUUGCCAGAAAUGCUA